AGUCGCGCUCCGCCUGCGCAACUGGGUUCGGGUGCAGGGAGCGCCCGGCGUGCCCCUCGGUGGGCGCCUCCCAACUCCAUUGGGGUCUAUGGAGGGAAAACUCCCCUGCAUCCGCGGUUCCAAUGGCCGCAGGCGCCUGCAGCACCAAGGCCAUGUCCCUCUUCAAGCGCACCUUGGUGCUAAGCCCCGCCGCGGCGCCCAGGGGCCCUGGGGCAGGCGUCCCGCGGGGCUGCCCCUUGCCUUCAGCCCCCUGGCCUUCCAAAGACUGGUCUCGGCUACGGAGCCCAGCGGCCGGCCUCCUUCCCCAGUCCCACACCCACUCCUGCUCCUCGUCUCCGACCGCCGUGUGUCUUCUCUGUCCGCAGGACUCGCUCAGCAGCAGCUUGAAAACUUGCUACAAAUAUCUGAACCAGACCAGUCGCAGUUUCGCAGCUGUUAUCCAGGCCCUGGAUGGGGAAAUGCGCCACGCAGUAUGCAUCUUUUAUCUCGUUCUCCGAGCCCUGGACACCCUGGAAGAUGAUAUGACCAUCAGUGUGGAAAAGAAGGUCCCACUGCUGCACAACUUUCAUACUUUCCUUUAUGAACCAGACUGGCGGUUCACGGAGAGCCAGGAGAAGGACCGACAAGUGCUGGAGGACUUCCCCACGAUCUCCUUGGAGUUUAGAAAUCUGGCUAAGAAAUAUCAAACAGUGAUUGCUGACAUCUGCCAGAGAAUGGGAACUGGGAUGGCAGAGUUUUUGGAUAAGCAUGUGACCUCCGAACGGGAGUGGGACAAGUACUGUCACUAUGUUGCUGGACUGGUGGGAAUUGGCCUUUCUCGUCUGUUUUCGGCCUCAGAGUUUGAAGACCCCGUAGUUGGUGAAGACGUAAACCUCGCCAACUCUAUGGGACUGUUUCUGCAGAAAACAAACAUCAUUCGUGAUUAUCUGGAAGACCAACGAGAAGGAAGAGAGUUUUGGCCGCAGGAGGUUUGGAGCAGGUAUGUUAAGAAGCUGGGGGAUUUUGCUAAGCCAGAGAAUAUUGACUUGGCCGUGCAGUGCCUGAAUGAACUUAUAACCAACGCCCUGCACCACAUCCCUGAUGUCAUCACCUACCUGUCAAGACUCCGGAACCAGAGUGUGUUUAACUUCUGUGCUAUUCCACAGGUGAUGGCCAUUGCUACCUUGGCUGCCUGCUACAAUAAUCAGCAGGUGUUCAAAGGGGUGGUGAAGAUUCGGAAGGGGCAAGCAGUGACCCUGAUGAUGGAUGCCACUAACAUGCCAGCUGUCAAGGCCAUAAUAUACCAGUAUAUGGAAGAGAUUUAUCACAGAAUCCCCAACUCAGACCCGUCUUCCAGUAAAACCAGGCAGAUCAUCUCCACCAUCAGGACGCAGAAUCUUCCCAACUGCCAGCUGAUCUCCCGAAGCCACUACUCCCCACUGUACCUGUCCUUUGUCAUGCUCUUGGCUGCCCUGAGCUGGCAGUACCUGAGCACCCUGACCCAGGUCACAGAAGACUAUGUUCAGACCGGAGAGCACUGACUUCUUGUUGGAAGCCACCGCUCACCUGGGACGAGCCUCUGUUUCUCAAGGGUGGAUGUUGGCUUCCCUCACUUUUUUUUUUUUAUUUUAAUCCCUCAAAGAACUACUUGGACCUUUAGAGACUGAAAUGCAGUUUUAAAGAAUAUGAAAAUACAAGGGAAGACGGCCUUGCCCUCAGCUGCUGGUAUUUGUAAGUCCCGGUCACCCUGCUGCACCUUAGGCCAAGCGGCUGCCUGUGGGCAGCACAGAUCUCAGUGAACCCUGGCUGCAAGGAUGAUUAAAUGUGUAUAAUUUGAAGCAAUCUUUGAAUACCUGUCAGUAGAAAAUGAAGCGACUUUUCCUUCUG